AUGGGUCGUGGGUACAGCAACAGCCGUAGCAGGACUGCGCGGCCAACACUCGGCAUGAAGCGUCACCGUUCGCUGUCGAUGCAGCGCCUGCGGGAGUCACUGCCACCUGCCACAACACACAAGGCAUCCACGGCGGCAGCAGCAGCACCGACAAAAGCGGCGGCGAAGGCCAAGUCACGCAGCCCCGCGGCGGCGGCUAAGCGGACGCCGACAGCGCAGAACAGAAGCACCGCGCGUGUGCGCUCCGCCUCCACGAUUCGGCAGAAGCUCGCGCUGAUGGAGCGGGAGCUCGCAGAUGAGUUGGAGCCGACGGAGCAGGUGGCAGAGACAAUUGUGAAGCCGGAUGUCAUGACGAAGUACAAAUCCGCCGGCCGCGCGCUCGAUGAGGUCAUGGACAUCGUGGCGGCCGCGUGCGUGCCGGGGGCCAACACGAAGCAGCUAUGCGACCUCGGCGACACGGAGCUGCUGCAACGCGUGUUGGGGAUGUUCUCCAAGGCGAAGGAUUCCAAUGGCAACCGCAUCCUCCGCGGCCUCUCAUACCCGACAAACAUCGCGGUGAACCACACGCUCUGCAACCACGCCCCGCUGACGGAGGAGGAGGCGGCUGUGCUCUGUGGCGGUGACGUGGCUAAGAUCCACAUGGGCUGCCACAUCGACGGCUAUCCAGUCACUGCGGCACGCACUAUCGUCGUGCCACACGACGGCUCGGUGGAUGCUGCCGCCUCGAGCGCGCUGACACGGCAGCUGACGCAAGGUGCCAGCAAUGCCGUUGAGGCGGCGCGUGUGGCGCUGCACGGGAUGAUUCACUUGUUGCAGCCGGGAAGAUUGAACGCCGAUGUCACGGACUUCAUUCACCGCGUGGGGAACCACUUCGGCGUGCAGGGGCUUGAGGGCGUGCUGUCAAACCGCACAAAGCGGUGGGUACCGGACGGCAUGGACAGCAUCAUCACACGCCGCGUGACGGUGGAGGAUCCCCAUCAAGACGUCGCCGAGUGCUGCGUUGGCGCAAAUCAGGUCUGGACGCUUGACGUCGCGUUCACUGAUCACCCGUCGUACAAAGUUAACCUCGCUGACAGCGCCGCGACGAUAUUCCGCCGCACCGAGGUGGAAUUCCAGCAGGACGCCCGCGUGCGCUCCGUGCAUGCCUCGCUGCAGGAGAUCACUGACAAGCACCAAUGCUUCCCCUUCAGCAUCAAGCACCUUGACAACCCUCUCAAGGCGCGCAUGGCCGUGGCGAUGCUGCGCAAGCAAAGCGUCGUCGACCCACUGCCAGUGCUGCGCGUGAAGGGGGAGCGCCACAUCACGGCACGCUUCUCCGCCACGGUGGCAGUGUCAGCGAGGCGUGUGACGGUGCUAUGCGGGCUGCCGCCGGCAGAGCCGCUCGCUGUGCCGGAUGACGUGCGCCCGCCGCAGGUCGCUGAUGACAUCGCCGCCGUGUUGACGGAGCCACUCGUCUUCCCGAAGGAGGGGCCGCCGCCGCAGAAGAAGGCACGCACAGAGGGCGGCAGCAGCGGCCGCCGUUCUGCAGGGCGUGGUGGUGAAAAUGAAGACGCGAAGGCGUGA